GAGACUAGCGUGCUUGUAGGAAUAGGAUACUCCACAGCCACUUCCCCGAGAGUGCUCUCUUCAGUGAUGGUGACUCCGAUGAAUAUCAUCAACAUUAUCGGCGCCAUCGUCCUUUCUUUGCUAGCAGUUGUUUCGGCUGAAGUGUUCUUCGAAGAGCGCUUUGAAGAUGGCUGGGAGAAACGGUGGGUUUUCUCUGAUUGGAAGAAACACGAGAACAGGGCUGGCAAAUGGAACUACACUUCUGGAAGGUGGAGUGGAGACCCAGUCGAUAAAGGUAUUCAAACCAGUGAAGACAACAGGUUCUAUGCAAUAUCGGCCGAGUUUCCUGAAUUUAGUAACAAGGACAAGACUCUGGUGUUCCAGUUUUCUGUUAAGCAUGAGCAGAAGCUAGAUUGUGGUGGUGGCUACAUGAAGUUACUCAGUGGUAAAGUUGAUCAAAAGAAAUUUGGCGGUGGUACACCAUACAGUAUCAUGUUUGGACCUGAUAUAUGUGGGGACAGCACCAAGAAAGUUCACGCCAUUGUUUCUUACAAUGGAUCGAAUUACUUCCUCAAGAAAGAUGUGCCUUGUGCAAUUGACCGGCUGACUCAUGUUUAUACUUUCAUCCUCAAACCUGAUGCUACCUAUACCAUCCUAAUGGACAAUGUGGAGAAACGAUAUGGUAGUUUGUAUUCUGAUUGGAAGAUUCUUCCUCCGAAGAAGAUCAAAGAUCCUGAAGCCAAGAAAGUAAUUAAUAAAAAAAUAGUUAUGGAUUCUAUUCUUAGAUUAUGGUAUGGCCGUGAUGAACUUUGAUGACAACAUAGCUACUUCUUGGCCAUUUACAGCCUGAUGAUUGGGAUGAUCAGGAGUAUAUUCCUGAUCCGGAAGACAAGAAACCAGAGGGCUAUGAUGACAUUCCAGUGGAGAUACCUGAUACUGAUGCUAAGAAGCCUGAAGACUGGGAUGAUGAGGAGGA